ACGCAAACUUAUAAAAGUAAAAAAAUAUAUUUUUUUCAUCAUUCAGUUAGUUAUCGGUCAACAGGACAUCAUCAAGUCGACUGUACCAAAAUGAAGUUUUUGAUGGUUUUAGUCGCCGCCUUGGCUGUGGCAUCCUCAGACAGCGCCGACCAGGCAGCCGAAAUCGUCAAAUUUGAGAAUGACGCCCAACCUGAUGGCUCCUACAAAUUUUCAUUCGAGACCAGCAAUGGCAUAGCCGUGGGCGGGCAAGGAGAACCCCGUAAUUUCGGUGGUAACCCUCCAGUAGUCCCAGUGGUUAGCCAGGGCUACUACAGCUUCUACACUCCAGACGGUCAAGCUAACAGCAUCUCUUACAUUGCCGAUGAGAACGGCUACCAGGCAUCGGGUUCGGGUAUCCCCACGCCUCCCCCCACACCGCCAGCAAUCUUGAAGGCCCUGGAUUACCUCGCUAGAAGCGGCCAGCUGAAGAAACAAUUCAAAAUGAAAUUCGCUAUUGUUGUAUUGGCCUGCGUGGUAGCUGCGGCGAACGCCCAGUUUCGUAACCCAGGACGUCCCUUCGCCAGCGCCUUCGGUUCUGCCCAGAAAGCCAGCCCCUUCCGCUACCAGCCCUCUCCCCCACCUGUCCCUGUCGCCGCCCCCGCCUACAACCCAGUCCGCGCCGUCGUCAACCAAGACGCCAGGAACGCCAACAUCCUGAAGUCCGGAAACGACAUCAACCCUGACGGCAGCUACAGCUACUUCUACGAGACUGACAACGGUAUCGCCGCCCAAGAGCAGGGAACUCCCCGCAACUUCGGAGGAAACCCCCCAGUCGUGCCUGAUGUAGCCCAGGGAUCCUUCUCUUGGACCUCCCCCGAGGGUGAGGUGGUCUCCAUCUCCUACGUCGCCGACGAGAACGGAUACCAGCCUCAGGGAGCCCACAUCCCCACCCCUCCCCCAGUGCCCGCCCAGAUCGCUCGCGCCCUCGAGUACAUCGCCAAAAACGCGCCCAGGCAGUAAACCACCCAUCGAAUAAUUGACACGUGAUUGUGGUCACCGUCGUGCAAUAUUGUGAUAAUUCUGUUAAAUUUUAAACCACUCAUUAUAUGUA